UCAAAAAUAGAACAAGAGCAGCUGCUGGAGAAAUGUUUGGAUGGGGGGCAAGAGAGAGAAUCCAGAGAGUGACGCGCUGUGUAAAUCUACAUGGUCAGCAAGGUUGACAUUGGCGUCCGUGCAGAGAAGAAAAGUUUGAAAACAACUUGAGAGAUGCUCCAGAAACGCACGGUAGACGAACAGAGAAAGUCCAUCAGAUGCACUUGGACUAUUUUCCCCAAUCAAAUAUCUUCCUUAUGCUUGCUUUUGUGUUCUAUCGGAGGAUUUCUUUCUCUAUGGAUUUCCUUCAAUUGCUCAGUGGGUUCGAUGGUGGAAUUUAUGCUGAGGACUGUUGAUGGAAUGUUGGUUUCAAGGUUCUGCUUCUUUGCAUAUAUUCGGGGAAGAAUUUUUUCAUUAACAGUCUCGGAAUCCUGAUUUGUUUUACUUUUCUUGGAUUGUUUCGGAUGUUACGUAAAUUAGAAAAUUUUGUGGGAAUAUAAAUUUGCUUUUGCUGGAUUGAGGUUUCAUAUUGAGGUUUGGGGCUAAUUCUUAAUGAUGGAGCUUUAGGACUGCAGUUUGCAGUAGAUUUUCAUUUGGAGAACCGGAAGAAAUAUGGAAGAGGUUUCAGGCCACGGAUUGCUAUCAAACCCUGAUACAUCAGUUAGUAAUCAGACAUCGUCAGCUCCGGUAGAUUCAUUUCUCGGCGAAUUCUUGAAGAACACUAGAACAUGUACUCACACUCACACUUGCAAUCCUCCCGGCCCUGAUGCGUCGCACACGCACACAUGCUACCACACCCACACCCAAGUUCUUACGCCCCAUGAUGAUGAUGAUGCACCACAAGGUGAAGAACAAUCCGUGGCUAAGCGCCGGAGGCCUUCAGGGAACAGAGAAGCGGUCCGCAAGUAUCGGGAAAAGAAGAAGGCGCACACUGCUUACUUGGAAGAGGAAGUUAAGAAAUUGAGACUCUUGAACCAGCAACUAGUUAGUAAAUUACAGAGGCAACCAAUUCUUGAAGAUGAGGUUCUGAGGCUUAGAGGUCUGUUGCUGGAUCUUAGGGCAAAGAUUGACGACGAAUUGGUUGUGUUUCCCUUCCAAAAACAGUGUAAUGUUAACUCUAGUUUCAAAGAAGGCGAUUGUGAGCUGCAGCCUAAUGGUAGUGGAAUGAGCUUACAGUGCGACGCUGAAAGGUUGUGCUUCUGUCCACCCUCGGGUACAUCAGUACCAGCUAGUAGUGUCUGUGGAAGCGGGAAGGCAGUGGUUUCUUGGGCAGAAAACUGUCAGCCUGCGGUUAUUGAUUGCCGAGCUAGUGCAACUGAUGUAGUGAGUAGCGAAGGAUACGCCAUUGAUGCAGUGGAGACCGGGGUGGCAUCCACAUCUCAAGCUGAAUAACUAAAGCUGAAGAUUUCAUCCUGUAAGUUUGUGGAGCCCUUUGAUUUUCUUGAUCCAGUAAUACUUCUGUUCACUUCAUGAGAUAGUCUCUGACAGUGGUGGUGGCAGCUAGUAGUUGAGCCUGGUGCAUUUCGAGAAGGUUAAAGUGUUACUAUUAGUAGUACUAAUACAAAUGUUAAUAUACCUUUAUAGCCUGAUAAACUGAACCAUGAUGAGAGCAUAUAUAGUUUUUCUGUUUCUAUAGGAGCAGAGCAUGUAAAUCAGAACUGCUGUCAGUUAUUUUGAAUAGAUAUUUUUGUAUAUAUAAGCUGAAAUUUUUCGAUUGACA